AUGGCUGCAGAAGAGCGCUGCGCUAGCGCACAUUUUGCCAGUGCACACAAGUUCUCUUCUCUUGCUCUCUCUCACCACGUCGCUCCGGAUCUGCAUGGCCAGUGGCCGUCAUCCGGCGUUUCAAAGAAGUCGAAGGACAUCUCGAAACUCGCGGAGGCUCCUUGGUCCCACAUGCGUUCUGUGGGCGGGCUUGUGCUGCCUCCGGAAUUGACAGAUCGCAUCGUCGACUUUUUGUGGCAGAGUAGACCCGACCUGUUUCGAUGCUCGCUGGUUUGCCGACACUGGGUGGCGACCAGUCGUAAGCAUUUGUUUGAAUGCUUUAUCGUCAAGACGAGCGGGGCCUUCUUUAGCCUGCUACAUUCGGUUCUUCGAAAUCACACCAGGAUACUUGACUUCCGACUGUGGCCGUCCAACUCCCACCCGACAGCAUUAAGCCUCCUCCCGUCGCUCUCGCUCCUUCGCGGUCUGACUGUGCUUGUCCUGGGAUCCUUCCCACCAGACCACGACGACCUUCCAGUCCUUCCCCAUGUCCGAUGUCUUUCUCUGCAGCACACGAAAUUCAGGUCCGCCGCCCAAUUUGCGCGGCUGAUGGCUCGGCUCCCGGACGUGUCCGAGCUGAAGCUUGCGUGGGUGACGUGGGGAGACGCCACGGACGGCAGGUAUCCUUAUGGCGCAUUCGAGGCGCCUCUGGAGCAUUUGUCUGUUCGUGGGUUCCAGACAAACCCCGAUGUACUUACCUGGCUCAGGGCGGGGGCGGAUGCGCCACAGACAAAGGGCCUUUCCCUUCAUAUCCCAUCCGCCAAACUGCCGUCGAUAAUUCCUGUCUUCGCCGGUUUCAUUACGGGUCUGAACGGGAUUCUGCAGGAUCUACACCUGGAUGUUCACCCGUGCCCGUCGCUGGAAGAUAAUCUCCGCCUCUUGGGGCUCGAGACUCUGACCAGCCUUCGGCGUUUUAGGAUCGGGCACGGGAUUUACUUCCACUGGAUCACGUCGCACUAUCGCCUCUUGCCAUCCGUCUUGGGUCUGCAUUCGAUGCUCUCCAGUUCGACAUGUCUCGAAGAAAUCAUCUUCGACGUGGACUUGAUGCCCACGGUGAACUAUACACUGUCACCUCAAGACGGCAAUGAAUUUCGUCUAAGGGAUCUGGUCCUUCAAACGCGCGCCAUUCCGAGCGUUCGCUUCCAGAUGCUCACGCGAGAUAUCGCCUCCGCGACAGCACUCGUCCGAUUCCAGGAUGUUCUGCGUAAAGAGGGCAUUUCCUGUGAGACUGCUGUCACCUGUGAUUACGAGAGAAACGUCCAGUACAAGGUGUUUCCGUCGCCUUGAAUUGUGUUCUUCGAUUGGCAUCAUUCAGUCCUGACUCGAUGGAAAAUCGCACCUGCCGCUCGGAUAUCCUAGUGCAAUGGCCUGGCCCCUGGCCGCAAACAUUUGACACUCCAUCGUGGCACUGGCUAUCCCUGAUUUCGCUUCGCUCGUAUUCGCUGGCAGUGUCACCGUCCAUUCCUCGGCUGCGGCGCAUCAAUCGCCGUACUAACUCACGGCAAGUGCGGCGGAGACUCUCGUUGGCGUGCCGGGAUAGCGGAGAAUUGAGAUGCAGGGGUGUAUGAAGGAGAAAGUCUGCCUCGCGAUAGAUGGGAUUGUGAGGCAUGGUUUAUUGAAGCGCUGGCAGACUUCGUGGAAAGCGGGCAGGAACAGCUGCUUCGGUUCAGCGUCAGUACGGGCGCAUGAUGGAAAAUGCAUAUCCAUCGGCUCGAUAAGACGACUGGUCGUGCUCAAUUCCAGCCGCAUCCAGCAAGCCAUCUGUGGCGCCCUUUGCUGCGGGGAUAUCGACUGGAUGAAGAAGCCUGAUGGAGGAGUCAAAACUGACAUCUUGAGGCAAAGGGAAGAAGACUCGCCGAGUCUGUUCCAACUCGGUCGUGACCAGACGCAGAGCUUUGUGUCCUCCCUGCAUUACGAUCUUUCGGAUCUUCUGCAGCACAUCCGUGGUCGUCUCGUGCACGCGCUUCAGUUCCAGACAUUCCAGCGUGGUACUGAUACUCGGCGAAGGCCUCUCGCGCUCUUCGAGGAAUCGGAUGAAGGCAUUACUGAGGGAAAUUCCGUUCAGCGUCAGUUUUUCAAGAGAUGGAAGUAGUGGUGCUUGGUCAUUGUCAUUAUGAUCGAGGAAGUCGUCGAAUAGCGCAUCACUCCCCGAGCUGCCAGACGCACCAUCGAGGGAGAGAUGCCUGAGCCAGGGCACAAGCUUGAGCAGCGCAGUCAGUCGAUGAUAUACUGUAUCUUUGCCUGCAAGCACGAGCUCUCGAACGACAAGCGUCUCCAGUUGGCACGGCCCCGACCUCUCGAUCACCACGAGUGACCUUGUCUCAGCCCCCAGAGUUCCCGCGCGUAUAUUAAGCUGUCUCAACGAAGGAAACCUCAUUCGAGCGGGAAAGAUCUGUGAACUUAGCACAAGCACGCGAAGACUAGAUGGAAUCUGCGUCUUGGUCGAAGAUUGAUUCGGCACUUCUCGCAACAGACAAUACGUCGAAACCCCCGCCAGGAUAGAGAGAGCCGUGGUAAGUGGGAAUUUGCGCCCAGGGUAGCAAAAACAGGAAAUUCCCAUCAACCCCCGUACGUCAGCUCCAAGUCGGUCAAGAAUGGCGCGACGGAGAAAGCGGUAUUCCCCGACAAGGCUGGCGGCGGGUGGCGGGUGGAAUAGACUUUCAGUCGCAACCUCCGCAGAAGCGGGAGCGCAAAAGGUUCCGCCAAAAGAGGCUCGUUAAACAAGGCCAUCGGCAUGUCGAGGUGCGCUGUCUCCCACCGCGCACAGUGGUUCCCCAUCAACUACAGUACGGUGUCGCAUUCGUGCAGCUUACUGUUGCCGCACUGCAGCUCGAUGGAUAGGGCCUGCGUGCCACUCCGCUCAAUGCAGAGCUCCAACAACGCCGAUGCGUUACGCUUGCUCUUGGGCGGCAGUGGAACGCCAUCUUUACACGUCCCAUCUGCCCUUCUCCAUAUCCAGCCCACUAUCGUGCGUUGCAUCGUGGCCCGCAUAGGCUACAAAGAUGAGGGACAGCGCCUCUUCGGGAAGGCGCCGGAUCGGGGCAAGCGUCGCGCGACAAAGAGUGAUGUACUUUGAGAUUCGUCGCUCGUCCUUCUCGUGAAACAUCAGAUCUGCCUUGAUCUCAUUGAUCUUGCGCAUGAGCUUCGUUCUCUCCGUUUCUGCCAUGUCCA